GACUAUGUUCUUUUUGACUUUUACAAGAUCGUGUUACAUGUAGUCGUAAGAGAUUCAUAUUCUUAUAGGAACUACAACUUUCGAAUUCUCAAAACUCACAAACUUAUGAUAAAUCCAAUGAUGAAAAAUAUCUUCUAUGGUCAAUUAUCGAGCAGUUUUAAUAGUGUCGUUGUUUCCCUCCAAAACCACAGAUCAAAUGAUCAGUCUACGACCAAUGAAUUUGAAGGAGUAACCAUUGAAGAGCAACCCCAUAUUCCCCUACUCUUGCAAAAGUCUAAUGAAAGAUCCGAUUCAUCUAUGCAUGAUGAGCUUCGCCACUUUCGAAGAUGCUUGAAAUGGUGUGCACUUGAUCUCUCUUCCUCCCUAGGCAAAAACAUAUCAUACCUCACCUUUGUUAUCCUCGCGAUAAUCAUUCCAAUCUUAACCACUAUAUCCAUUAAAAUUCCAUCUUCUUCCUCUCCUGAUAAGCCUCUUUCAUUCAACAAACUAGUACAACUCCCUGAAUCCGGCCUAGCCUUUAUCGGGUUCUUAACAUUAUAUCGAUUUUUCAAGGAAUAUGGCCUUAAGCAACUCUUAUUUCUUGAUGGUCUAAAUGAUGAUUCCUUAGAUGUUCAACUUGGUUAUAAGUAUCAAGUAGAUAAAGCCUUCAAAAGCCUUGCUUUCAUCCUACUCCCUUCUUUUAUCGUCGAAUUUGUGCAUAAAAUUCUCUUCUUCUCAGCUGUUGUUGUUUCAUUUCCUGUUAUUGAUGUUUUACCAAUCAACACAAUCAUGUUUAUAUCAAGUUUCAUGUCAUGGGUGUAUAGGACCGGUGUUUUCUUGCUUGUAUGUGUCCUGUUUCGGCUAAUCUGUGAGCUCCAAAUACUUAGGCUCGAAGGCCUAAGACAUAUGUUCGAGGGUUCAGGGUCCGAGCCAUGUGCUAUAUACUUAGAACAUCGUAGAAUUAGAGAUCAAUUCUAUGUUACAAGCCACAGAUUUUGGUUCUUCAUUGUUGGGUGCAUGGUUACCAUCACAGUUAGUCAAUUGGGUGCACUUUUGCUGGUUUUAGCCUCCAAGUCCGACAAGAAUUUCUUGAAUUCGGGUGAUCUUGUGGUAUGUUCAGCAAAGCAAUUGAGUGGAUUUUUCUUAUGUUUGAUGGGAGCAGCAAGAAUAACACAUAGAGCUCAAGGCAUUGUUUCGGUUGCUACAAGAUGGCACAUGCUUAUGACUAGUUGCUUUGAUAGUACAAACCAUAACAAAGGUAAGAACUCCUCGAGUCGAAGCUCGGAUGAUUUCGAUCAGUCCUCGUUAGACGAAGCUGUUGUCAAAGACUCAAAUGAUCAACAUGCCUUCCAAACUAGACAAGCUUUAGUGACAUACUUGCAGCAUAACAAUGGUGGGAUUACAUUAUUCGGAUUCGCGCUUGAUCGUGGAAUGCUUCACACUUUAUUUGCAUUUGAAAUGUCACUAGUUCUCUGGAUAUUAAGCAAGGCAAUUGUACUAUCUUGAAUGAUAAUCUCCUGAGUGUUCACAACAAAUUCAUGUUUCACCCUAGUUUGCAAUAUUUUUUUUUUGUGUGGAUAAUAUACAUAUCAAAUGAGUUCUGUUUUUGUGAAAUGUAAUAUUGUUAAGGCAACAAAAACUUAUUGUAUGUAAUUUUUCAACAAUUAUCCUAUUCAUGUAAAUUCUAUCCUUGGCAUUUUUAUUUGAUAAUAACUGCACAUGGUUUGGU